CUACCCAGCUGCUGCUACUGGUGGCGCCCCAGGGUUUAGUAACUCACCCCUGGAGCCAGGAGCGCGUCGGGCUCGGAGCUGCCGCGGCGUGUGGAGGGAGCUGCGUGCGGGAAACGUGCUGCAGGGACUUUGAGGCCGGUGUGAGGCGGGAGAUGGAGCCCGACAACGCGCAAACCACAAAUCAGACACAAACAGAAUCUUUGUCUCCAUCCCCCAACACUGUGUCACCUGUGCCUUUAAAUAACCCAACGAGUGCCCCAAGAUUUGGAACAGUUAUUCCUAAUCGCAUCUUUGUAGGAGGAAUCGAUUUUAAGACUAACGAAAAUGACCUAAGGAAGUUUUUUGCCCAGUAUGGGUGUGUGAAAGAAGUGAAGAUAGUAAAUGACAGAGCUGGAGUAUCAAAGGGGUAUGGUUUCAUCACUUUUGAAACUCAAGAAGAUGCACAAAAAAUUUUGCAAGAGGCUGAAAAACUUAAUUAUAAGGAUAAGAAACUGAAUAUUGGUCCAGCAAUAAGAAAACAACAAGUAGGGAUUUCUCGAUCUAGCAUAAUGCCAGCAGCUGGAACAAUGUACUUGACCACUUCAACUGGAUAUCCUUAUACUUAUCACAAUGGAGUAGCUUAUUUUCAUACUCCUGAAGUUGCAUCUGUUCCACAGCCAUGGCCUUCACGGUCCAUUUCCAGUUCCCCUGUAAUGGUAGCUCAACCUGUUUAUCAUCAACCUACAUAUCCUUACCAGGCACCUGCACAGUGUCUUUCAGGUCAGUGGCAAUGGAGUGUUCCACAGUCUCCUGCCUCUUCAACCUCAUUCUUUUAUCUUCACCCUUCUGAAGUUAUCUAUCAGCCACUAGAAAUUGCACAGGACAGUGGAUGUGUACCUCCUCCUUUCUCUCUAAUGGAAGCUGCAGUUCCAGAGCCAUAUUCUGAUCAUGGAGUUCAAGCAGCAUAUCAUCAAGUUUAUGCCCAGAGUGCCAUAGCUAUGCAAGCACCUGUGAUGCAGCAUGAGCCAGUUAAAGAACCAAGGUUACAUUCUGUGAGAAGAAAUUUUUCACAUCCUUCAUCUGUGAGUUUGAAACCUCGAUAUACACGAAGCCCUCACUUUCAUCCUAGAAAAGACUACAGAAUGGAAGAUACAAUUCUCACUCCACCUUCCUCUACAGACUCUGUUAAAUAG